AUGGCUGAAGAAGAAAUAGGAUUACUUGAAAAAGUCGAACUUCGACUUGCGCUUGCUGAGACCGACGCCCAACUAGAAAAGCUUCUUAAUGCCUUUUUGAGUCCAAUACUUCUGAAGUUGGCGAGCCCUCAUGAAGUUGUACGGACCAAGGUUAUGGGUAUAUUAACUCAUAUAAACAAACGAACUCGGUCAAAAAAUGAUAUCAAACUUCCGUUGAAUCCGCUUAUUGAUCUUGUUUGUAGUGACAAAGUCACACAAUCAGCAUUUGUUAAAAAUUUUGCCAUAAUAUAUCUUGAAAUGGCUUAUUUCCGUUUAACAGAAGAGGACCAAAUCACUCAUCUGCCAAAUUUAAUUAAUAAUAUCGCCUCAAAACCUCCAGCAUUAAAGCAACCUUUAUUUCACAUCAUUCUUACGAUCUUGCAAAAAUUCGAACCAAAACCUGCAGAUUCUCCUUCAUCGUUAGAUCCUUUUAAUUUCGCAGAAAAUCUAAAUGAUGCCAAAUUUUUGUUAGCAUCAUUUUUAGAUCUUAUACUAUACAUUGUACCACAACAGCCAAAGCUACGACUUCAACAAUCGACCGGAGGUGACUCUAACUCUGGGCAGCAAGAAGGAUCUCAAAAUUUGGCACAACUUCCACCGCCGGGCAUGAGCAUAAAAGCCUUGAAAUUUGUCACUAAUGAUGGAAAAAUACAAUGGACUGAGAGAAUGUCAGAUCUCAAACUUAUUAAGAUGGGAAUUCUUCGAUUCAUCAACUCUCCAGUAAUACUACCGGAUUCAUUACCAGAAGAAAUUCAUUUGGCUAAGUUUUUGAUUCUUUUGGCAGCUAGUUGUGAUUCUUUUAAUGAAAUUGUUGAUGGGGGUGAAGAUGGGAUUAAGAAGAUGAAAAGACCUGAUAUGGAAAAUAUAGGAGUAGUUAAAAGGUUAUAUUUUCUAUAUCAAGGCACUGUUAAUCAGGGAACUGCAGUAUCAACUCAGCAAGAGACAUUACAACAACCAGCAUCACCUGCUCUUAAGCUCAAAAUAAUGGGUUAUAUUUGCAGAUCUAAGUUGGCAACAAAUACAUUUCCAUCUAUGUUGCAAGUUGCAUUUGAUUGUUUGUAUGGUCCUACAACCAAUUCUAAAUUGCAGAAUCAAGGAAUGUUAUUUGUUCAAUGGAUUGCUAGAAUGGCUGAAACUGCAUUAUUGAAACAAAUUGCACAAGUGCUUUUGUCUGGUCUCUUAAAGAUCAUCAAUGAAGAUAAUGAGAAUAUAAAAGGAGAUAAAGAAACUUUAAUAGGAUUUUCAUAUAUAUCUAUUAGCUUAUUAGCCAAACGAGUACCAGAUAUCUUUCGGCAAGAUUUUUCCAUACUUAAUAUGCUUUUCUCGGCUUUGUCCGCAAAGAGUAAUAAUCUUCGUGUAUCAGUACAAGAAGCAUUGUCAAAUAUGGUUGAAGCAUAUCAGAAUAUUGAUCAAUGGGCGGAUAUGAAUACAAUCAAUAUGAUUGAAAACAUUUUAGAAGAAAAUGUUAACAAGGUCCGUGAUGAUGCUUCAGCAGAUGAAAAACUAGAAAUUCGAGAAAUGGCUUUACGUGGUUUGGCAUUUCCAGAUCCAAGGGCUCCUAAAUUGUAUCCAAAUGAACCGGAUAAAGAAAUUAAAACACCUUCAUUCUUUGAAGUGGUUAACUUAAUUGAUGCAAAAUCAACCCAGCGUAAUCAACACUUACUUGAUGUCUUACAAACUAGCCAAUCUACUGGCCAAAUAUAUAUUUUGGGCUAUCGUUCUGACGUUUAUAUUAACAUAUUACGAUUCUUAAGGCAUUUGAUGAUUGUCAAUGCGGACCCAACUGCCUUAAUUGAUGAUUUAUCUGAUGAAUUAGAUGGAGAAAUCAAUACAAGUGAAUUGGAAAGUGAUCCAGUAAGAAUUUCAUCUAUUCAAGAAUUGAUUAAAGAGCUUAUUACCGUUGGCAGGGAUCAGUCAAAACAGACCAAGGUUGAAUAUCAUGAUGGAAGCAUUCUGGCAUUGGGAUACAUAAUCGGCCAAAUCAUUUCCGAAGAUUUAGAUUCAACAAAGAGUUCAAGUGUAAUUAACGCAUCUAAAGCAUUGGGUGAAAUUUGUCGUUAUACAUCACUUUUAUUUGAGAAUUAUAAGGGUAAAAGAAAAGGUGAUGACUCGUCUUCAUACGAUGACCAAUUAACUAAGAUCUUGGAGAAAUUAAUUACUCUUGCGAAAACCACUAAAGAUGUCAAGACGCAAGAAACAGCUGUCACUGCUCUCGGUCAUAUUGCUUUGGGAAAUUCAGAAUAUACCGAAAAAGUUUUAUCUUUAUUUUAUGAUUUAACUUCUACUCUUAACAAGCAAGUCGAAGUACAUUUCACUGUAGGAGAAGCUAUCACAUAUAUCACAACAGGAUGGGAAAGUUUAGCAUUAAAUCAAUAUUUAGAUAUCGCAGAUGCUUCUCCUCCAUCGAUUUCUAUUGACAAUUCAAUUAUCAAUGGGGUCCUAAACAAGAUAUUUUCCGAUUUAUUACCGUCUGGUAAGGUCGCCGUUAAAAAAGCCGUAUGCGUAUGGAUGCUAUGUCUGGUUAAGUUUUGUUCCAAGCAUGAAAUUAUUAAGACCGCUCUGCCGAAGAUUCAUUCUGCAUUUUCCAUGCUUUUGGCCGAUCGUGAUGAAUUCACUCAGGAAGUUGCCUCCAAAGGCAUAGGACUUGUAUAUGAAUUGGGUGAUGAAAAUAUGAGAAAACAACUUGUCGAUUCCCUUGUUGAUAUGCUUAGUGAAGGAAAGCGUCAGAAAGAAACUAUUAACGCAGAUACCCAACUUUUUGAUUCAAACACUCUUGGUCAGACACCUGACGGAUCUGCUAUUUCUACUUAUCAAUCUAUCCUAUCUCUUGCAUCAGACAUGAAUCAACCAGAAUUAGUAUACAAAUUCAUGCAAUUAGCUAGUUAUAAUGCUAUGUGGCAAUCACGGAAGGGAGCUGCAUUUGGAUUUUCAUUUAUCAUUGCACAAGCAGAGAAGGAAUUAGAACCUUAUUUGAAAGAUUUAAUACCUCGAUUAUAUCGAUUUCAAUAUGAUCCUAAUCCCAGAGUAAACGAAGCUAUGAGUAGUAUUUGGAAAGCGUUAGUAAAAGAGCCUAAAAAAGCGGUUGAAGAAUACUUUAGUGUAAUUGUCAAAGAUUUACUUAAAGGCCUUGGAGAUCGGUUUUGGAGAACAAGAGAAUCCAGUGCCAAUGCAUUAGCAGAUCUUUUGCAAGGUCAGUCGAUCCAGGCACUUGAGCCAUAUUUGCAAGAUUUAUGGACCAUGUGCUUCAGGGUUUUGGAUGAUAUUAAAGAAAGUGUACGUGUUGCUGCUUUUAAAACGUGUCGCGCGCUUACAAAGGUUACCGUGAAAUACUGUGAUCCUGAUAAUGUAUCCAUCAAUGAUGGUCAAAAAAUAAUGAACAUUAUAAUGCCAUUCCUGUUGACGAAAGGCUUAUUAUCUGAUUCUGAAGAUGUGCGCAAAUUUUCUCUAAGAACAAUCCUCAAGAUCUGUAAAUCAGCCAGGACUUUAUUAAAGUCACAUAUUACAGAUAUUGUUGGAACUUUGUUAGAAGGGUUAUCUAGUAUGGAGCCACAAGUCAUGAAUUAUCUUAGUUUCCAUGUUGAAAAAUAUGAUGUUACUCAAGAACAGCUUGAGAACUCUCGAUUAUCUGCUGCAAAAAUGUCUCCAAUGAUGGAGGGUAUUGAGUCAUGUAUUGAAUAUAUUGACGAAAGUGUUAUGGAAAAUUUAACACCCAGGCUGUUACAACUUGUUCGUAAAGGUGUCGGUCUACCAACAAAGGCUGGUUGUGCAAGAUUCUUGGUAUCGUUGUGUCUCAAGAAAGCAUCAAUACUAAAACCACAUGCAGAUACUGUCAUUAAAGCCUUAAGUGGUGCUAUUCUUGAUACGUCACCUGCAGUCCGAAAAUCAUACGCCGUUGCUGUUGGAUAUGUUGCCCAUUUAUCAUCUGAUAAUACUUUAAUUAGAUUAAUUGGACAUUUAAAGAAAGUUUACUGCGAAAAUAAUGAACAGGAAAUACGUUCUAUUUCGGGCAUAACUGUUCUGGAGAUUUCUAGACAUGCGUCAGACGAACUAAAGCGGAUAUAUGUGGAAAUCUUACCACUUGCUUACUAUGGCUUGCAUGAUUCUGAUACAGGAAUUAAAAAUGUAUGGAACGAAGUAUGGGACGAGAAUACUGCUGGCUCUACUAGUGCCAUUAAAUUGUAUCUUAAAGAAUUAAUAGACCUUUUGUCAACAUUAUUGGAGUCACCAUCAUGGCAAACUAAACGUCAAGCUGCGUUGACAAUUGCUGAUGUUGCUAAAAUAAUAGAAAAAAGUUUAUUGCCUUAUAUGACACAAGUUAUUCCACUAUUAAUGAAUGGUUUGUCGGGAAGGACAUGGGUCGGAAAAGAGGCACUUGUUGAAGCACUUGUAACAGCUUCUAUAUCGUGUAAAGAAUAUUUUAAUGAUGAUAAUACACGUGUACAAUUGAAUGAUAUUUCGAAAAUUCUCGUGCGUGAAAGCAAAAAAACAAACAAGCAAUAUAAACGUCAUUGUAUCGACAAUCUGGGAAGAUUUGUGGAUUCUUAUAUUGAUAUCUUGGAUAUUUACACAGAUGUAAAGGAGUUCUUAAUUGAAUUGGCGACUAGUGAUCAAGAUCCUAAUGAAAUGGACGAAGAUGAUGCCAAUCAACAACCAUUAUUCCUCUUAGUUAAAGCAAGUGCGAUGAAAUGCCUUGGAUUAGUUUGGCCAAGAAAAAUGGAAAUUCAAGCGUUGCAUUCAAAAGAACUUGGUCUCGUGUUUGCUACAUCCUUGGAAUCAAGUAAAAAUAUAUGGAAUGUUCGUCUUGGGGUUCUUGCAUCUCUCGACAAAUAUAUUGAUAAAUUGGAUCUCAAAAAGAAUGAUAAAACAUUGGUGUUGGAUGAAGAAACUUUACUUUCUAUCUUCAGCGGAUUAAAGAAUGGACUACAAGAUGCAAAAUACGUUGCAGUUCGUACGGCAAGUUUGGAAAGUUUCAAAAAAGUUAUUGAAAAAGUUAAAGAUACACAUUUGUCUUUGCCUGCAGUUAGGAACCAAUGUUUGGAUAUUAUUAAUAUUGUAGCAAGUGACCCGGUGCCUGGUAUUUCUGAGUUAGCUAAAGAUAUACGCAGAACUUUAUAUUAA